AUGAUGCCCCUCCGCCCUCCGCCCGACGCAGAAGACAUGCUGACGCUGCGCAUCCCCAAAGACCCCGACGAGCGGUCCCCUUCCUCCCUGGCCGCCGCCGGCGCCUCCGCCGGCGGCAUGUUCGAGGCCGCCGACCUGCAGGACCACGCUCUCCGCAGCCACGGCGAGCUCCUCGCCACCUCCCUGCACCGCGACGGUGCGCGCUCGCACCACGGGCUGGUGCACGCCGCGUUCCGCGCGCACCACGCCCGCCAGCACCUCGCCCUGCGGCCAGAGGACCUCUGGCUGGCCGUGCUCGCGCAGGUCGGCGUCUGGCUGCGCGCCCACCCGGAUGCCCGGCGGCGCAUCCUGCCCAACCACCACCACCACCUGCUGCCCGCCCGCUGCGGGCGCCGCGCCGCGCCGCGCGCGCUCGCUUCGCGGAUGGUCGGUCUCUUGGAGAGCAGCUGCGGCGGCGACGCGGGCUUGCCGGGCUGGGUGGUGCCCGCGUUUUCCUGCACGACCGGCGAGGACCGCGCCGUGGCCGCGGCUCUCUUCCUGGGCACCACGGGCCUUGCCCUGGCGACCGCGGACGCGCUGCGGCGGCGGACGGUGACGACGACGACGCGGGACACCAUCCUGGCGAGCCUCUUCCGCGGGCCCAUGCAAGAGUGCCGCGCCCUCCCGCCGCCGCAUGACGACGACGACGGUCUGUUUGCCGUCACGCUGCACGGCAAGCGCGCCGACUACGUCGCCAUCCAACAGCGCCUCGACCUCCUGCCGCAGCACCUCGGUCCCCGCGCGGACCUCGCGCUGCUCGUCACGCUGCUGCGGCCGGUGGUGCGGCACUUCGUGCUCACCUUCAAGGAGGGGGGCACGCCCCGCGUGCGCGCCUUCUGGCGGCGCAUCGUCACGGCGGAUGCGGAGCGCACCGGCCGGCGGAACCUGACGGGUUGGAUCACCGCGUUCUGCUGCUUACCGGCGGACGGCGGCGAGCCGCGGAGCCGCCCGGGCCGGCCGGAGUACUUCCUGGACGGCGUGGGGUACCCGUCGGUGCCGGUGUUGAGCGUGCCGCCGGGCGCGGCGGCUGUGCCGGUUGUGAUGGGCGACGACGAGGAAGGGCAGGUGGAGUGUACGCUGGUGGCGGGCUCGAUGGCGAUUCACGACGAGGCUGGGGCGACGAUGGCUGAGAGGAUCUUUCGACCUGCGCCUGGCUGGGCCCUCUACGUGAACAAGAAUCAGAGUUGA